AUGGAGAAGCUGCUGCCGGCCCAGGAGGCUGCUAAAAUCUAUCACACCAAUUAUGUGAGAAACGCCAGAGCCAUCGGCGUCAUGUGGGCCGUUUUCACCAUCUGCUUCGCCAUCAUCACGGUGGUGGUCUUCAUUCAGCCUUUCUGGAUAGGGGACAGCGUCAACACCCCGCAGGCGGGCUACUUCGGCCUCUUCCACUACUGCAUCGGCAACGCGCUGACCUCGGAGCUCAUCUGUAAGGGCAGCGUCCUGGACUUCGGCUCCAUCCCGUCAGGAGCCUUCCGGACUGCCAUGUUCUUUGUCGGGACCUCGAUGCUGCUGAUUGUUGGCACCAUAGUCUGCUUCAGUCUCUUCUUCUUCUGCAGCCCCGGGAAUGUCUAUAAAAUUUGUGCCUGGAUGCAGCUGGCCGCAGCUGUGUUGAUGGUGAUGGGCUGCAUGAUCUACCCAGACGGCUGGGACGCCCCCGAGGUGAAGAGAAUGUGUGGCCAGAAAACAGAUAAGUACAACCUGGGGCACUGCACGGUGCGCUGGGCCUACAUCCUGGCUAUCAUCAGCAUCCUGGACGCCGUCCUCCUGUCUUUACUCGCCUUCACCCUCGGCAACCGCCAGGACAAGCUGCUGCCUGAUGAUUUUGAGGUGGAGGGGGCAGAGGAAAAAUAG